UCACUCUUCAGUUUAUUCAAAUUUGUGGUUGAUCGGAGGACCAUGGAUAGCGGUAAUGUGUAUUCGAUGUGGAAAAACUUAAUUCUGGCAGCAAUAUUUAUAGUCAUAUAGAUGGAUUCAUGUUUGAUAACUAUUUACAACCAAUAAAUCGUCAUAAAUUGUAUUCUUGAUUUUUUAUUAGUACGAUUUACUGUAAGGUCGACAAAGAUCUUAUUCAGAAAUACAAUAAUAUGGUUAAAGAGGACCGUGUUUAUGUGAUGAUUAAUUUUCGUGUAUCUCACGACAAUUCCAGAAUUAAGACGUCGUGCCACAAUUUUAAGCUGGAAUUUGUCGAAGGAACACGUAUUAGACCAGUCGAUGGAUCUUUAGUCCCCAUUGAUGCGUACGUGUUCAAUGGGCCCACUGAGUUCCUCGGCCUUUGUCAUCAAGAUGAGAUUAUGAUUGGCGUCAUAGGUAUGCUUGACGCAAUAGAUGAAGAGAAAGAUGUUGUGGUUGACGGAAAGGUUGUGACCAUGAUUUCUUUAGAUUUGGACCACGACGGCACUAAGUUCAAGUGUUUUUUGUAUGGACGCUUUGUCGAACAAUUGAACCAUUUUGUAUCGAAUGGUAGAUCUGAUAACUCAUGUGUUGGCAUCCUGUUCGCAAGAGUUCAGAUGUGGAAUGGUAUACCUUCUGCACUAUGUUAAUUCA